AAUUUAAAUGAUAAUGUUCGUAAUCGUAUGAUUCAUAACCCUGCAUGGCACAUGUGCAGCACUAGUAUAGCAAACAGUUAAAUCCCACUGACGUCCCAUUCGACGCCGUCAGGUCAACAGUUCCUUUUCAAGCGUUGAAUGCACGCCACAUCUCAGUAAUCUCCCACACGCUUUUCCAAUUCUACCCUGCCCCUACCGCGUUAUUACCACUCCUAACCCUCAUUAAUAAAAUCCCUAAUUUUCUUGAUCCCCAAACAUCUCCGUCUCCUCUUUCACUGGUCAUUUUUCCCACAUUAUUCAAAAAUUUCUCAGAUCUAAAAUCGGAUUCAUUCAUCUCUUGCUUCUCUUCUGCAAUCUGAGAAAAAGAUUAAUUACGUUCCAUGUCUUCCACAUUUUGGUGUCACAGAUGCAACCGCUUCCUUAGGGUUUGGAACCCGGACUCCAUCGAUUGCCCCGAUUGCAACUCCGGAUUCGUCGAAGAGGUCGAGACUCCGACGCCAUCUCCAUUUACCGAUUCCAGACAACGCCGAUUCCCCGCCGCCGCCAUGUACAUGAUGCGGGCACCCGAUCCAUGCCCUAUUUCAGGGACGGGCUCCGUAUCGAGCCCUAGGCUGCGAAGGAGCCGUAGAAAUGGAGGCGACCGGUCGCCGUUUAAUCCUGUUAUCCUUCUCCGUGGGCCCAACGAUGGUGGACUUGGAGGCGGAGGCGGAGGCGGAGGUGGAGGUGGAGGUGGAGGCAGAGCCGCCGGUGGGGGAGGAUUUGAGUUGUAUUAUGACGACGGAGAGGGAUCGGGCCUGAGGCCGUUACCGGCGACUAUGUCGGAGUUUUUGCUCUGGUCGGGUUUCGAUAGGCUGGUGGAUCAGCUAUCACAAAUUGAGGCGAACGGGAUCGGGAGAAUCGAGAGCAAUCCGCCUGCAUCGAAAGCCGCAAUCGAGUCUAUGCCGACAGUGGCGAUAAUCGAUGGCCACAUAGCGGUUGAAUCACACUGCGCUGUCUGCAAGGAGGCGUUCGAGCUGGGGAGCGAGGCGCGCGAGAUGCCCUGCAAUCAUCUGUACCAUCAGGAUUGCAUUCUGCCGUGGCUCUCGUUGAGGAAUUCUUGCCCCGUGUGUAGGCACGAGUUGACCACUGAUAACGAGAAUGGUGGCGGGGAUGAGAAUGGACGAGGGAAUGAGGCGGGAGGCGAGGAUGAGACGGUGGGAAUGACGAUAUGGAGGUUGCCAGGCGGUGGUUUUGCGGUGGGGAGGUUUUCGGGAGGGGGGAGAAGCGGCGAGAGAGAGCUGCCGGUUGUGUACACGGAGAUGGAUGGCGGAUUCAAUAACAAUGGGGCGCCGAGAAGGGUUUCGUGGGGCUCUAGGGGCAGCGUUUCGAGGAAUAGGGGAGGGUUGAGGAGAUUGUUUACUGGCUUCUUGUCUUGCUUUGGGAGAAGUGGAUCUUCCACGUCUGCUUCUAGAAUUAGUCGGAGGAGUGGUUCGCUAUCAUCGUUUUUUAGCUCCACACCAAGACGAGAUAGAGCUUUGAGUUUCGAGGAAAAUAACAGAAGAUGGUGAUUCUUGAUCUUAACGUAGUUGAUUGUGGCUAUAAAUAGUUGGGGAAGGAAAUUAUAGGCGACAAGGAUGGUUUCUAUCGGGUUAAAUUGAAUAAUGGCUUUAAUGGAAAAAAUGUGUGAGAGCUCUAUAGUCUAUAGCAAUAAUGAUGAUGGUGAUUGUGAUGAUGAAAAUGAGUUCUUGAGAGGAAGAGGUUGGGCUGUGAAAUGUGUACGGUAGAUAUUGCCACUAACUUGUAGAAUUGCUCACUGUCACAUUUUUUUACCUUUUUUCUUCUUCAAGAAUUGUGUUGAUCCAGUUUCUUGAAUGGUUUUGUAACUUGUAUACUCUUGAUUUAUUUCCCUUGUGCUUAGUAAUUGAUUUCGUUAACAUUUUUGUUUUU